AUGGCGGCUCCGCGCCGGCCGAGCGCCGGGGGGCUGCGGCGGGCCCCGCAGGACGGGCGGCUGGAGGAGAUCAACAAGGAAUUUCUCUGUGACCCAAAGUUCAGUGAUGAAGAAGAUCUGGAGGAGAAGCUGGCAGUGUUCAAAGAGAAGUACAUGGAGUUUGACCUGAACAACCAAGGAGAGAUUGAUCUGAUGUCUGUCAAAAGGAUGAUGGAGAAGAUGGGAGCUCCAAAGACCCACCUGGAGCUGAAGAAGAUGAUCUCUGAGGUGACUGGAGGGGUUAGUGAGACCAUCUCCUACCAGGACUUCGUCAACGUGAUGCUGGGGAAACGCUCUGCUGUGCUCAAGCUGGUGAUGAUGUUUGAAGGCAAAGCCAAUGAGAGCAACCCAAAACCUUCUGGGCCACCUCCAGAGAGAGACAUCUCCAGCCUGCCCUGA